CCUGAUAUGACAACAUCACUGGCAACAAUUUCAAAUAUACUAUCACCAGCUAUGUCAGCGCAUGAUCUUCCAGCUGUAGACAUGCCUAAUAAACAUGUUCAAGAGAGUAUUACUGAAAUGCAAUCCUCGGAAUUUGCCAAAACAAUCCUCCCCUUGUACUCUGGGGCACCUGUCACUAUCUAUAUUGGCUCUGCUGACAACAAGUUUAUCCUCCCGAAGGCCAUUUUGUCCCUACGAAGUCCAUAUUUUGCGGCGAUGUUCGAAAGAGGUUUCAACGAAGGCAUCGAGCAGACUACAACGUUGGAACUGAUUGACGGUAUUGUAACGGUUCGUGCGUUUGAAAUCCUAAUACAGUGGCUAUUCACCGGUCAAGUCACAAUCAAAGAAGCAACUCGUGGGGAAUCAAUCAGCGUGGGAAUUGAGUUUAGUCGCCUUGCAGACAUGUGCGGAGUCAUGGGAACAGAGGACCAGGUCGCCGAGCGCCUCAGAGUUGUAAUUCGAGACGGCCGGGUCAAAGAUUCAUGGUCUUAUUCUGCAGGGGAACUUGAAACGAAUACUCAAAAUAUCACCUCAGAACAUAUCAUUUCUGCGUCACAGCUUCCCCAUGGCCACGCUGUCCGAGAUAUUCUGGCCGCGGCCUCAGUAGAAGGGUACAUACAGCGGAAAAGUCACAGGUUUUCAGAGGAAUGUUACGAUAUCCCUGAGUUUGCUGCUGAUUUACUCCUAGCGGUUAAGGAAACGCUACUGACUCUCACCAUGGGCGGGCACACAAUUGAAUUCAAGGACCCAAUGAGUGAAGAGAGAUUUGUGCUUUAUGGGUCGUUGCCGCUGGACGGUCCAGAAAAUCAAGCUGUUACAAGCUCAUGGAGUAGGCCGCGCAACGCGGAUAGCAACACGUUGCACAUCACACCGGAACAUAUUCUCGCCGCCUCGAAGCUUCCUCGCAGCCACACAGUCUGCAGGGUCCUUGCCAUGGCAUCCGUCGAGGGGUAUCUCCAACGGAAGACCUACAAGUUCUCCAAGGAGGCCGAACACAUUCUUGGCUUUGCAGUGGACCUCCUCGUCUCACAAUGA